CUUCAGACUCAUUCAGUCCUGACGGGAUUUGGUAACGUUGGCAAGAGAUAUGGGCUUACCGAGCCCCGUUCACAUGAGGCUUUAUCUCACUUGACACAGAUAAGUGACUGGUGGGUGUCUGCGCGUCGAGAUGUGAACCGGAGGCUGAAGUCCAGCUGUGACAGGGCAGCUGUGUAAAAAAAAAAAAAACAGACCUGCCAUUCUGUGAACUGUCAGCAGCAGACUGUUUGCAUUCGACCGCAGUCGGGGAGCGUGGGAGAGGACGACACGUCUCCACGCCGCAUUCACUCAAGAGGACAGCGGAGGAUGAAGCGGAGGAUGUGCUGGCUGCUGGCGGAGGCCCUGCUGCUGCUGCUCGGUGUGACCGGAGUCGUCGGGGAGCGUCUCCAAGCCGAGAACCUGAUCCUCCUUCCACCGGGUGCACACGACGUGGUGCUGAACCGCGGGAUGAGAGUGCUGCCCAGAGACUGCCAUGAAAUGCUGAUGAGGUCCUCGGGCCAGGCUCUGGACGGUGUGUACCUGAUCAAACCCGGGGACUCCCCCAUCGUGGUCUACUGCGCAAUGCAGGAGGGAGGCUGGACCGUGGUGCAGCACAUCACCGUCAACAGCAGCGUGAACUUUGAUCGCACCUGGGCUGAGUACAAGGACGGCUUCGGGGCCGUAACCGGCGACCACUGGCUGGGGAACAAUUACCUCCAUCAGCUCACCAGCGGCCCCGGGCGCUUUAAGCUGGGAGUGAAGCUGGUGGACCGAGACGCCGUCACCAAGACGGGGGAGUACGAUCCGUUCCUGGUGGAGGACGAAUCGUCGGCCUACAGGCUGAGGCUGGGGUUGUUCCAGGGCACGGCUGUAGACGCUCUCACCCUGGACACAGAGAACUACCUGCACGACAACCAGAGAUUCACCACCAAAGACCGAGACAAUGACAACUACUUCCAAAACUGUGCUAAGCUGGAGUUUCAGGGGGUGCCGGGAGGAGGUUGGUGGUACGACGCCUGCGCCGGCGCCAACCUCAACCGCAGGAACGUCAUCUACUGGCAGAAGGACUGCAACAAGGAGCGGCUGUGCAAGUACGCGUGGAUGAUGGUGAGGCCCACGGACACCGUUAAACUGAUUCAAAGCGAAACCUGCAAGAAGGAUGAGCUGUGAGGACACAGGGUUUGUGACAGUUUGGCAACUACUGGGGGGGCCAAGAGAAAAGUCUUCUUUGCAGCGAACCCAACAGAGAGCUGCAUCACUCCAUUUGUCUGGACAUUAAAUUCACCACGUUUUAUUGAAAUGAUCACAAAAUACAGAGAACAGGAAAGUGGAUCACAGAUUUUGAACACAGUAUAAAAAUGCUGGCGGGUUUUAGCUGUAGAUUUGUCUGCAUCGAUCACCAUGAAGCCAAGCAGGUCACCAUUCCCCACGUUGCAAGUGCAUAUUUCUUUAUUAUCACGACUACAAAAAAAGUGUUUCAUGACAUUGUAGCUUAUGAAGGAUGUAAAAUAGCUCCCAUCCAAUGCUGACACAGAAGAACAUUUCACAAACAGCAUUUUCUUUGUCACAGAACAUUACAAGUUUGCCAGAAGUACAGUGAAGAUAUGAUGGCAUAUUGAUUAAGCUACAGAUAUUCACAGAAAACAAAUGUAUUGUACUGUAUUUCAAUGCUCAUGGAAAAAGAAAAUAUCCGGAGGAGGAAAACUAAUAAACUUGUAAGAAACAAA